UCCCGGCCCUCACGGAGCCGGCCUGGCCGCAGAAGGUUAUCUGUCUCUCCUGCCAAUCCUGGAGACAUAUUUAGACAGGACCAGGUGGGGGCCGAGGGGUGCCAACCUCGGGGGCAGCUCCGGUUCCCUCCCCGCCCCUGCUCCUAUUCCUCCUCCUGACCCUUUUUCUCUUGGCUCUGUCGGCAAUUUCUCCAGGACCCAGCAGCGUCCUCUGUCCACUGCUCUGGGCCGUUCCCCCCCCCACCCCCCCCCAACUCAGGAUUCGGGACCCAGGGGCUCCUCCCUCCCCCAGCUAACCUCUUCUGGACCAGGAGAGCCGACCCAGACCCCUCUACCUCCAUGAGCGCUGCAGACAGGAUGGGGGCCAGAGCUGUGCCCGGCCUGCGGCUGGCACUGCUGUUACUGCUGGUGCUAGGGACACCCAAGUCAGGGGUGCACGGGGAGGAAGGGCUGGACUUCCCCCAGUAUGAUGGUGUGGACCGUGUGGUCAACGUCAACGCAAAGAACUACAAGAAUGUGUUUAAGAAGUAUGAGGUGCUGGCACUGCUCUACCACGAACCCCCCGAGGACGACAAGGCCUCACAAAAACAGUUUGAGUUGGAGGAGCUGAUCCUGGAGUUAGCAGCCCAAGUUCUAGAAGACAAGGGUGUUGGCUUCGGGAUGGUGGACUCUGAGAAGGACGCGGCCGUAGCCAAGAAACUAGGGCUAACUGAAGAGGACAGCAUUUAUGUAUUCAAAGGAGAUGAAGUCAUUGAGUAUGAUGGCGAGUUUUCUGCUGACACCCUGGUGGAGUUUCUGCUUGAUGUCCUAGAGGACCCUGUGGAACUGAUUGAGGGGGAACGAGAGCUGCAGGCAUUCGAGAAUAUUGAAGAUGAGAUCAAACUCAUUGGCUACUUCAAGAACAAAGACUCAGAGCAUUACAAAGCCUUCGAGGACGCAGCAGAGGAGUUUCAUCCCUACAUCCCCUUCUUCGCCACCUUCGACAGCAAGGUGGCAAAGAAGCUGACCCUGAAGCUGAACGAGAUCGAUUUCUACGAGGCCUUCAUGGAAGAGCCUGUGACCAUCCCAGACAAGCCCAACAGCGAAGAGGAGAUUGUCCACUUCGUGGAGAAGCACAGGAGAUCAACCCUGAGGAAACUGAAGCCUGAGAGUAUGUAUGAGACCUGGGAGGAUGAUAUGGACGGAAUUCAUAUUGUGGCCUUUGCAGAAGAAGCUGAUCCUGAUGGCUAUGAAUUCUUAGAGACUCUCAAGUCUGUGGCCCAAGAUAACACUGAUAACCCUGAUCUCAGCAUCAUCUGGAUUGACCCUGAUGACUUCCCCCUGCUGGUUCCCUACUGGGAGAAGACAUUCGACAUCGACCUAUCGGCCCCACAAAUAGGAGUCGUCAACGUCACUGAUGCGGACAGCAUAUGGAUGGAGAUGGAUGACGAAGAGGACCUGCCUUCUGCUGAGGAGCUGGAAGACUGGCUGGAGGAUGUGCUGUCCGGCGAGAUCAACACAGAGGAUGAUGACGAAGAAGAUGAUGACGAUGAUGAUGACGACGACUAGGUGCUGGGCAGCCAUCACCCAGCCCCACCUGCCCUCCUCAUGCUCCCUCCUGCCCUCCCUGUCCUUCCUUGAGCGCCUCCAGGGACACCAGGUCAUCCUCUGGCUUGGGGCCCUUGAGGUCUCUAUGUUGGGUGCUGAGAUCCAAGGAGCUACCUUUCCCUACACACCGGCCCAGCUCUCUGACUUGUGUUUCCUGUCCCACGAUAUCCCUGUAUCCAUUUUUUGUUUCUUCCACCGCCCCCCACAUGCGCUUUCUUGCGAUUCCCUCUUGCCGCAUCUAAGGGCCCUCAUCUCUCUUCCGCUCGCUCCCUCCACCUGAGCACAUGCUUACCCCACUCUCUCAAAUCCUCUAUCUUUCUGACUGUCCUCUCCCUGGCCAGGAGGAUGGGAGGGUACUGUGUUUGGGGCUGCAUCUCAGCAAUCUCUUGUUAAUGUAUUUGGGUCAAACGAGAGACCUUAAUAAAGGAUCUGGGGCACCAUGA